GCCUCGCACAAAACACCUCAAAACCCCUCUCCGCCGCGAUGAGACCCGCAGCCACCGCCACCGCCACCGCCGCGCUUCGACUCCGAGCCUCCUUCCUCUCCACUCCUCCUCCUCCUCCUCCCGCCGCCGCCGCCGCGGUUUCCAGGUUCCUUCCUCGCCACUCCACCUUCCUCCUCCCGCUGCGCCGCCUCUGCUCGUCCGCCCCCGCCCCUCCCCGUCGCGACGCGGCAGCCGCCUCCGGCCGCUCCGAGGCGUCCCCCGUCAUGGACGCGCAGUUCGAGUCCUUCCGCGCGCAGCUCGACGAGUCGUCCACCCUCCGCGACCGCAUCCGCGCCGUCGUCUCCGAGGUCGAGUCCGCCUCCCGCCUCGCCUCCGCCGCGCUCCUCCUCGUCCACCAGCCCGUCCCCCUCGCAGAUGUGCUCGGGAAGGCGAAGGCGCAGGUGGAGGUGAUCAAUGGGCUCUACUCGCAGCUCGCGGAGAUCCUCAAGGAGUGCCCGGGCCAGUACUACAGGUACCACGGUGAUUGGAGGAGCGAGACGCAGGCGGUGGUCUCGAUGCUCGCGUUCAUGCACUGGCUUGAGACUGGCGGCCUCCUCAUGCACGCCGAGGCCCAGGAGAAGCUAGGAUUGAGCUCGGGGGAGUUUGGUCUGGAUGUUGAAGAUUACCUUACUGGAUUGUGCUUCAUGUCCAAUGAUUUUCCUAGAUAUGUAGUGAAUCGUGUCACUGCUGGAGACUAUGACUGUCCAAGAAAGGUGUUGACAUUUUUGACAGAUCUUCAUGCUUCAUUUAGGAUGCUGAACCUGCGAAAUGACUUCUUGCGUAAGAAAUUUGAUGGGAUGAAGUAUGAUUUGAGAAGGGUAGAGGAGGUUUAUUAUGAUGUGAAAAUUAGAGGACUUGUACCAGGGGAGUCCAAGCAAGAGGCAGCUUAGGAGGUGUAUUAUGCCGCGUGGUUUGGCAUUUGAGACUCAUCAUGUGUUCUCCUGACCCCCUGGCUAAACUCAUCUGGAUUUUCUAAUGCUGACUGGCUUACUGCAGUAUUGCUUUUAAGGUGCUGCAAAAUUUAUCCGAACCCUGCUAAAAAUAGGCACGCACAUGACAAAUAUAUUCAGAACUGUUCUAAUGAAAAAGAUCGAUCUGGACUAGCGAUUAGUUUGUGAUCAUGGCGACCGACUGAUAGCCAAUGCAAAAGAUUGCUAGACAACUUUUCUGCAGCUCUUGAAGAGAGUCUCGAAGGACUAUACUUAGGUUCUGAAUUUGCACCAUCUUACAUUAUGUUUGUGGUGUUGAGUUAUCGAGAUAUAAGGAUCAGAUCCUCAGUAAUGCUUUUGCAUUAGUGAUAUGUCAGUACAAUAGCA